CUGUUGUUCGGUCUUGGGGUUCGUUCGCGAAACCAGCUGAUGACCAGAUGGAGGCGCCCGACGAAAAUGAAAAACCGGGAGACGGAGACUUUGUGCUGAUGCUACCACAUUCGCUGCUUUCAGUGCGGCCCGGGUCUUCCAACUGUUUUGUCACGCCUUAGCGCUAACUCCGGUUCAAAGAUACUCGCAACUUGCAACAGCAGCAGCAGCAGCUUGCCCUACCCAUAGCAGGAGAUACUACUCGUCCAUCCAUCUGUAACCAGCAAACUUCGAUCGACUUAGAAGCUUCGAGUUUCAUUUGAACACAUCAAAUUACAAAAUGCUCACUCCAUGCCUGCUGCUAGUCACAGUCGCCAGCCUCGGCCUACAGACGCAGGCCAUACGAGUGGACUGGGGCACGAACACGGGACCGAUAGCGCCGCCGCCGCCACGAACCACGCCACAGCCGCCGCAGAAGCCGUACCGCGAGCCGGCGCCCGUCUGGGAGGAUCAAACCAAUGACACACCCAAUCCCAAUCCCUAUGUGUACGUCUUGCCGCCGCCAUCCCGUCCUCGCACCUGGGCCAUACCCGCCGGACCCUAUGCCCCACCCAACUACAACAAUCUGCCGCCCAGGGGCAACUCCAUCAACUAUGGACAGCUGGCCAGCACGGUGUACGGUGCUGGAGUGACAUCGGUGCCCGGACUGGCGGCACAGUAUGUGCCCGGUGUGGGCAUCAAGUACACGGCCAUUGUGCUGCCCGACAAGCAGCAGGGCAAGUACAAUGCGAAGACCAAGAAGUACAAGGCCUACGAGAAGGCGGCCAAGCAUGCGUAUCCCUGGAACUAUUUGCAGCAGCUGCCUGUGGAGGAGAAGGCCUUGGAGUGGCAGGCGCAGCUCGAGAAGCAGCUCGAAGAAGAGGCAGCAGCAGCACAGGCCCAGCAGCAGCAACAGCAGCAGGCUCUGCCUUCCAGUUCCUCAACAACAUCAACUACAACUACUACUACAAGUACCACAACGCCAGCACCCAGCUCCAGUCCCAGCCCAACAUCUGCCACAUCAGACGCAGACACCAGCUCGACAUCAUCGGCAAUACAGCCCACAACAAUUGCCAAUUACAAGGUGGCACACGAGAAGAGCGCCCACCUGAAGAAGCUCAGCAAGCAGAAGCGGCUCCACCAGCUGCAUCUCGAGAUGGAGAAGCAGAAGGAGAAGCUGGCCAAGAAGCAGGAGCAGGAGCUGCAAAACUCGUUACAGACCAGUUGAGCAGCGGGGCGGGCCAACAACAAAAAACAAAAAAUAAAAGUGAAAAACAAAAAAAUACACACGAAACAAAAGUUAAGCUUAAGACUUGCCCACAAAAUGUUGUAAAUAACUAUUAAUAAAGAAAACACCCCGUAAUAAAACCUAA